GUCCGUGUCUUUCGUCUGAGGGAGGGAUUCGGUUCUCGAUCGGGUUGGAGCUGGGGGUGUGGAGGAAGCGCCGGGAAAGGAGCUCGAUGGUGUAAAAAAAAUUAUGUUUUUUGAGGUUUGUUGGGGACUUUGAGGGAUUUGAGCUUGGUUUGAAGCGGAGUUCGAGGUUGGGGCGGUAGUGUGGGGGAUCGAGGGAGAUCUGUUUUUGGGACUGUGAUUUGGGGAUUGUUAGUGGUCUGCUUACUGGAUUCGGGAGAUUCUGUUGUCUGGAGGAGGGAAUUCGCGGGGUGUGGCGAGGGAUACGGAAUCUCUCGACGGGAAACCGAGGGAUUUGGUGUUUGGAGACGGAAAGGAGGGAACUUGGACGUAAAAAGGUCGGUUUUAUAGCAUCAUAAGGGUGAUUCCAGCAGGCUAAUUGUUCUGGAAUCGGAGAAUCGCGAGGCCUGAGGUCGGACUUGGUGGAGUUUUGGGAGGAAUUCCGCGAUCUCUCUUCGUCGGCGUCGCCUUUCUGGUACUCCGCUUUCGGUAAAUCCGGAGGACUUUGCUGGAUUUUUAACGGCAAGGAGGGCAAGUGGAUUAUUUUCCGGCGGAGGAGGGGCGCCUUUAUGCUCCCUUUAGCCGUUAAAGAUCUAAAAUUCCGUUUCGAAAAGGGGAGGAAGUGAAGUCGGUGCCCCGGAGGGGCGGCGUUUCUAGGGCUAGCUUUCGAGGGUGUAAAAAGCGGCAAUUGGCAGCGAAGAGCAGCGAUAGCGCUCAGAUCCAUUUUGGGCCUCCUUUGCCCUCGUCUUAGGUUCGUAGGGUGUGGGAUUUGGAGCUCCUUCGCAGUUAAUACGUGGAUCAGUGGGUCAUUUAUGAGCAUUUAUGUUGGUUUGAAGGCGAAACCGAAGGGAUCUUAUCCUUUUUUUUUUAACCCUUUAGUCUUAUCGCUUCCUUCUGGUGGAGAAAUGUCAGGGGAGAUGGGUUAGGAAAGGUGGAAGCUUUGGCUGAUUUUGUUUGGUGUUUUCCUAGCUGAAGUUUGGUUCUUGUUGAUUCAAGCGUUGGAAGGGAUCUAGCAAAAUUUCAUGGCGUUCCCACCGCCGCAUAGUUCAUCCGGAGGACUCCCCGGUUCAGCAACUUCUGCAGAUGUAUUAUACCGAGAACUUUGGCAUGCUUGUGCUGGACCUCUUGUUACUGUGCCUCGUGAUGGGGAACGAGUCUAUUACUUUCCUCAAGGUCAUAUGGAACAGCUCGAGGCAUCGACAAAUCAAGGGCUUGACCAGCAUAUGCCUUUGUUCAAUCUACCUUCAAAGAUUCUUUGCAGGGUGGUCCAUGUUCAACUUCGGGCUGAACCAGACACCGAUGAAGUUUAUUCACAGAUUACUCUGCUGCCUGAACCAGAUCAAAGUGAGGUUACAAGCCCAGAUUCUCCACUACCUGAACCUGAAAGGUGCAUAGUCCAUUCCUUUUGUAAGACAUUAACUGCUUCAGAUACAAGCACCCAUGGAGGGUUCUCCGUUCUUAGGCGGCAUGCGGAUGAAUGCUUGCCUCCACUGGAUAUGUCCCAGCAUCCACCUUGGCAAGAAUUGGUUGCCAAAGAUCUUCAUGGCAAUGAAUGGCAUUUUCGUCACAUUUUUCGAGGGCAACCUAGGCGUCAUCUGCUUACUACAGGAUGGAGUAUCUUUGUGAGUUCGAAGAGAUUGGUAGCAGGUGAUGCAUUUAUCUUUUUAAGAGCUGAGAAUGGUGAGUUGCGUGUUGGAGUAAGGAGGCUUAUGAGACAACUCAAUAACAUGCCAUCAUCAGUCAUAUCCAGUCACAGCAUGCAUCUUGGAGUUCUGGCCACUGCCUCUCAUGCUGUAUCCACAGGGACUCUGUUUUCUGUCUUUUACAAGCCAAGAACGAGCCGGUCUGAGUUUAUCAUCAGUGUCAACAAGUAUCUUGAAGCCAAGAAUCAUAAAUUGUCUGUUGGGAUGAGGUUCAAGAUGAGAUUUGAGGGUGAUGAAGCUCCUGAAAGAAGGUUCAGUGGUACUAUAAUUGGUGUGGGAGAGACAACACCAUCUAGAUGGGCAGAUUCAGAAUGGAGAUCUUUAAAGGUCCAAUGGGAUGAACCUUCAUCCAUCCCACGCCCAGAUAGAGUCUCGCCAUGGGAGUUAGAGCCACUUGUUGCAGCUACUUCUCCAACAUCUCAACCAACACAGAGAAAUAAACGUGCACGACCUCCAGCUUCACCUUCUAUUACGCCUGAUAUUUCUCCGGUGUUUGGUUUGUGGAAAUCCCCAGUUGAGUCUACCCAAACUUUGUCUUUUUCAGGGUUACAACAAGGUCGAGAUCUUUAUCCAUCUUCGAGCCCCACCUCAUUGUUCUCAUCAACAUCAAAGCCUGCCUCCAUGGGAUCAAACACUGGGUCAUUGGCAGUUAUGAACAGGCCUGCGUACUGGCCAGUCAGAACAGAUUCACAAACUGAGUCUUUCUCGGCAAGCAUCAACAGGGAACCAUGUGAAAAGAAGCAGGAUACUGGCACUGGAUGCAGAUUAUUUGGGAUCCAAUUAAUAGAAAGUUCUGCCAUAGAGGAAACUUCACCGCCGGCAAAUGUUUCUGCUGCUAUUGGUGAGGUUCACCCAGUAAAAUCUUUGGAGGAGGAUUCUGAUCGGCAAUCUCAGCCAUCCAACGUUAACAGGUCUGAUGCCCCUGCAGUCAGCAGUGAGCCAGAGAAGUCGUGCCUCAGAUCAUACCAAGAGACUCAAAGUCGGCAACUGAGGAGCUGCACCAAGGUUCACAUGCACGGUAUGGCAGUUGGGAGGGCAGUGGAUUUGACAAGAGUAGAUGGAUAUGAUGAGCUUCUCCAAAAGCUCGAGGAGAUGUUCAACAUCAAGGGAGAGCUCACUGGUCCAGUCAAACAAUGGCAGGUUGUCUACACCGAUGAUGAAGAUGACAUGAUGCUGGUUGGCGAUGAUCCUUGGCUAGAGUUUUGCAGCAUGGUGAGAAAAAUUUAUAUUUACACAUGCGAGGAGGCGAAGAGGCUGUCACCCAAGGUGAAAUUACUGGUCAUCAGCGAUGCCAUCAAGCCUGGGUUGAAGAAAUCUUCAUCAGAUGCUGAUUCUGCACGGAACAGACCCGACGACCCGGAUGCUGCUGACAAGGAGUGCUGAUCAUAGGAGUAUGGUAUUGCCCGCAAAGCUUUUGUAUGUUUCUUUACUCGGAGCCUCAGCCAUAAGCUUGUGGUCCAGCACGGGCCCUCAUUUGUUUUGCGCCACGGCUGGUGUUGCCCUUUGUGCCGUGUCGCUGCUGGAAUGGCAGCUAGUAAAAGAAUGGAUAGGGGCAGUGCGCUGGGUCUCAUCCAUAUUGUUUUGGCAAUAUCAUCUUUUUGUUAGUCCAGUCAUAGCAGGGCAUGUGGAGGCUGGCGGGCUAGUGGUGAAGUGAUGGGCUCUUGUCUGUAUUGAGAAAGUAUUACAUUGGAAUAGGGGGUGAUGAAGUUCCCACUCUCUUCUUUCCUUUUCUUUUUAACCAGGAGUAAAUAGGAUAUAUGUCUAUCUAUACACGCUAAUGCACUGCUGAAUGUCUUAUGUUGCUUUAUUUUGGGUGGCAAGUUUGUUUUUCCCCUCUCCUUUGUUACAUCAUAUGCUUUAUGGUUGCUUUAUGGUUUGAUGGGGGAAAAAAAUUAU